AUGGCUCCUCUACUCGUUCUUCUACUCUGCUUCGUGGCCGUAAUCAGUGCCGAAGAAGUGGAGAUUCACUCUCCGAGGACGACGCAAUACGGAGAUUGGCACGGAUGGAAGAGGUGUCCGGAGGGAAAGUUCGCGAAUUCGAUGCAGAUCAAGUACGAGGGGGACCAGCGGGGAGGCGACGAUACGGCACUCAACGCCGUCGCGCUCUACUGCGAUGAUCUUUAUUGGAGUGAGUCACUUUUUGAACUGACGCCUAGAGUGAACCUUUGAGGCGAGUACCGCAAGGAGCAUUGGAUAAUGAGCGGCGAGGGAAGUUACGGUAGCUGGCAAGCCGUCAAAUAUUGUCCGCCGGGCCAGGUGAUCAUCGGAUUCGCUCUCCGCUCCGAGCCGGACCAACGCGGCAACGAUGACGUGGGCGCGGAUAACUUUGCCGCCUACUGUGGCACUCCGAACGGCGAGAGAGCCCGCGGAUCGUACAUUCAAGGCGACACCGAACAAUGGGGAUCGUGGACCGCCGAUCAGUGGUGUCCUCAAGGGCUGGCAGUGUGCGGAAUCAACUCGCAAGUCGAGGGAAAUCAAGGCGGCCGCGACGACACGACCCUGAACAACGUGGAUCUGCUGUGCUGUCGGGCGCAGUCGGAUCGGCACGACACGUGCGACAAACCCAGCUACAAGUGGGUGCGCGUCGGCGAGUACGACAAUAGACGAGGCGCCGGAUCGGUUCAAGCCACGUUCACGCACAAAGUCGCGUUCGUUCGAACCCACGGCCGCACUGAGACUGUCGGAACUCAAGAGAAGCACAGUGUGAUGAACAGUACGUUCGCCCCACCAUUUUUCUGUAUUUUUCAAACGAUUUCCAAUUUUCAGAAGUCACAGCCGGGCUCACUUUCUCUGUCAAGGGAGUUUAUAAGGGAGUUGAAGGAACGGGCGGCGGAUCGAUCGGCUACGAGCACAGUACGACCAAGGAAACAUUGUCGACGUAUCAGCUGCAGACGAUGGUUCAGGAAGCGAUGACUAAUGAGCGAACGGUAGCGGUUUUUCUCGCAUUUUUGCCUCCAACACACACCCACACAUUUUGUAGGAGUCUGUGACGUACAACGUUCCCGCGUACAAGAAUGUGAUCGUCGAUCAAUUGUUCCUGACUUGCGGAGGCGUCGAAGUGAGACUCGCGAAGGUUCUUACCAGAAGUACUUAA